AACCUGAGGCAGCAUGGGCUGCGUAAGUGGUGCACAGAGCUUGGCAAAGUGCUGAGCAGUGCAGUGGAAAUGGUGCUGCAAGCAAAAAGCUUUGGUCCGGGCUGUGAUGUGAUGCUCAGCUGCUUGUCUGGGUACGCUGAGAGUUAGCUGGAGUCGGGCUGCAGGUGGAGGAGUGCUGUGGUGCCUUGCUCAGCUGCCUACCAGUGUCUGCUCUCAUCUGGGCUGUCCUGAGCUCUGUGGGAUGCCCAUCUUGCCUGUGUUGCCCUGUCUGCAGGAGCUGCAGCAGUGUUGGCCCUGUCCUGAUCAGUGGCUCCAAUCUCUGCUGUUGCACCUGGUGACAGGAACAAAAGGCUGUGGAGUGUGGAUUAAGUGGAAGUAACCCCAGCAGGCUUGUGUACAAAGAAGCAAUGGAGAGGAAAGCUGGUGUUCAGGCAUUUCAGUUCAGGCAUCAGUCUCGAUGGCACCAGUGUAUGUGUCUGCAUCUUGCCCCUGGUGUUUAUGCCUGGUGCUUGGAUUUUAUUCACUACCACAGACCAUGCAUGAGGCUUUCUGCAGAGUUCUUGGACAACGCAGGGAUGAGAACUUCAGGAACGAGCAGCAAACCCCAGGAGUGAACAAACUUCUGAUGCCCUGGAGCUGCUGUUGCACGAAGCAGUGUCUGGCACACCGAGCCCCUCUGGGCUGGAAGUGGGGCAGAGCCCAAAGCUGCCUGCCGUCUGACUAGAAGUCUUGCUGUCAGCGUGGAGGUGCUGCCAGCUGUGGGGCUGAUGGGCUGUCCAGGCCUGGAGCUGCUGUGCCAGCUCUGCAGCUGUUCUCAGAGCAGAUGCUGCCGGGGGGAUCACACACGGAGGAGCUGCUCUCAAGUUGCUGCUUGUGGUGUUCCUGCAGUGCUCUUAAUUCUCCCAAGGUUCUCCUCUGGCACUCAGAUUUCAUGAGGAAAGAGCUCCAGGUUUUAGAAGUGUUUAGUUCUGGACAAACUGGGAUGCGUGCUGUCAUGGUGGCCAAAGUAGCCGUGAAGUGUGGGAUAGCAGUUUACUAUAACUCAUAGAUUUGAUCAUCACCAGUAUCUUAGAAGAAAUGCCAUGUGAGGACAUACAGGGCUAGGGAAGGGGUAAUGCUGAAGGACCGUAACAGAUGGUGCUUGUUUCAGGACUUCAGCCUUAUCCCUACCCUUGUAACAGAGCAAGCAGGGCACUGCUUGGAGUGGGAGAGCAAGGGGAAGGUGAACUUGGUCCUCUGUGGGCUCCCCUGUGGUGGGCCCUGCAGUGAGGGAGCAGGGGAACGAGGAGCUGUGCUGGGGAUGCUGCCUUAACGCUCGUCUGCGGGCCUCUGCUGUAAAGCGCACAGCUCUGUCGGGUGUCUGUAGUGAUGCUGCUGUUGGGCUGCUGGCUGCCUUGUGUUGGGGUUACUGGGCAACUGAGCAGCGCCAAGCGAUCCGUGUGCUCCCUGCCUCUACUGUUCUGUCUGUGCUGUAGUUUGGCCUCACAGCAGCUCGUGGGAGCAGCUCAGUGCUUCCUGCCGAGCUUGGCUCCCGCCUGGUGCCUGGGUUCUGCAGCGCUCGGUCCCUGCACCCAGAGGAAGUUAGGUGCUGCCUUGGUGUUCUUGCUGUUCAGGCUUUGAAAGAAGAUGAAAGGUGACUGAUGCUUACAUCAGAGCUCGUUGUAGCGCGUACCCUGGCAGGCUCUGUGUUUCAUUAAGCUUGGCUUUUCUUAUGCUGCCUUCUCAUGUGCAAGUGUUGUCAAGAAGGCCAGUGGAUCUAAGCCAUUCCGUGCUCCAGAAAGGCAGAUUUUGUGAAAGGAGAAGGAUUCAAACCCUUCUGAAGAUCAAAAUGUUUCUGUUGUUCGGAAGAAGCAGCCUUAGAAUGGGAGCUGUUUUGGAGUUGCAGAGUCUUGUAGACCAAAAGUGCCUUUGGAACCCACAGUUGGAUGCUGGAGCUUCUGUGAGUGCUGCCUUGACAAGCGGAGCCAGAGCUGUGUUGCUUCACAGCCUGCCCUGUGUGCUGGCUUCUGUGUCAGGAGUUGAAUGAUCUGGCACGUGAUCCUCCAGCACAGUGUUCAGCAGGGCCUGUUGGUGAUGACAUGUUCCAUUGGCAAGCUACAAUAAUGGGACCAAACGACAGUCCCUAUCAAGGUGGAGUAUUUUUCUUGACAAUUCACUUCCCAACAGAUUAUCCCUUCAAACCACCUAAGGUUGCAUUUACAACAAGAAUCUAUCAUCCAAAUAUUAACAGUAAUGGCAGCAUUUGUCUUGAUAUUCUACGAUCACAGUGGUCCCCAGCACUAACUAUUUCAAAAGUACUUUUGUCCAUCUGUUCUCUGUUGUGUGAUCCCAAUCCAGAUGAUCCUUUAGUGCCUGAGAUUGCACGGAUCUACAAAACAGAUAGAGAAAAGUACAACAGAAUAGCUCGGGAAUGGACUCAGAAGUAUGCGAUGUAAUUAAAGAAAUUAUUGGAUAACCUCUACAAAUAAAGAUAGGGGAACUCUGAAAGAGAAAGUCCUUUUGAUUUCCAUUUGACUGCUUUCUAUGAGCCCACGCCUCAUCUUCCCCUGUGCACAUGUUUACCUGAUACAGCAGUGCUGCGUGUUGUACAUACUUGGAACAACAAAAUAGAAAUACUGUAUUUCCCCGUACCAACAUUGACUCCUAGCAGAGAAGUGUGUGUGUGAAAAGCUGGUUCUUCAGUCAUAACUUUGUGAGCCUAAAAGCAUUCCUUGUCCGUUAAAUUGGGUAAGAAAAGGUGGAUGGGAGAGUUGGGGUGGAGGUGGCGUUUGUGGGGGCAGAGCUGUCGGCCCGUGAAGGAUGGGAAGUGGAAUCCUUUUACACUCAUAACAGUUAUGAAAGGCGAGGCGAAGAACUCGAAGCCGUUUCUGUGUUCGUUUCACUCUGAAGGACCUCCUCCUUAGGUGAAUGUGCUGAGCGAUGCAGUGCCCACAGCCCUGCUGAGGGGCUGAGCCUCGCUGCUCGGCACGUGAACAGAUCGGAGCUAUUAGUGCAUCAAGUGAUGUUGAUUCGUUUCAACUCUCUCCCCUCCUCCAUGCUCUCUUUGGUUUGUACGUGGUUUCUCAGUUAAUACAUAGCUAAUAGCUCUUAUUUUUCUUAAGUUUUUUAACCGCUUAGGUCUUUCUGGAUGUAAGGGUAAAAAUCCAUUCGACGGAAAACUUGUGUAUAUUUAAAAUCCCAGCUGCUCCCCUGGAGCUUGUACGUUCGAGAAUGAUUAAUCUGUGUAAUAAACUGAUUACUACAGUCAUUACAUAUAACUCUGUGUGAAUAGGCUUUUAAUUAUUGAGAGCAGUUUGUUACAGGCUGAAACUAACGACGGAUCUCUAGAAGCCCCGCGUUCACCCGGGGUGGCGUUUGGAGGUGGUGCAGCAGUUUGGUUUGCAGCACAGCAGGCUGUGCCCCGCCGGGAGCUGCAGCUCUGGCAGCAGGGCAGGACGUGAGCUGUGCCAGGAGCCCGACUGUUACAGCCAAAAAGCAGCUUACUGAAAGGAUCAGUGACACUGCAGAGCCUGGCGGUUUUACUCCCACUUGCAUGGGACCUAACACGACGCAUAUGUACUGUAGGUAAACAGAACCUUAUGUAAUUAAAAUAAUGGAUGUAAAAGGGUAUUAAAAAAGAAAAACAACAAACUACCAAACACAUCAGCACAAACUUUCAUAAAAUGUAGCUUUUACAUAAUUACUUUGCACUAAACAUUUGCAAAUGUUCAUACACUUUUAAAUUGUACUUGUAUGUGUCUUUUUUGAACAAAGUCUUCACUUGAAUCUAGUGAAAAAUGUAGUUUGGAACUUUUCUUUGUAUACAAGUGUAUUUGCCAGCAUCAUUCGUGUGAAUAGGUGAGUCUGCAAGUUUCUCCUCUUAGUAUAAUUGUAAACGAAGCCAUCGACUAUCCAGGAGAGGCUGCGGCCUCCAGCUCUGCCGCCACAGGAGCACGUCCCAGCCGUUCUCAAGCGCAUCUUUACACUCUCGCACAAACGAGGAAUAAAUGUCCACUGCCUUUGGUCUAA